AUGCCACCUUUGUGGGACCCAGGCGUGUCUCUCCAGCUGCGACCGCGGGUUUUGGGGACACCCGCCUCCGGCAGUGUGCUCGCGACUCGUUGCCACCUUCUCGAGCAGGCCCAGCCCUUACGUCUGAGCUCGGCCGCCAAGCGCUUCUAUGCCUCCUCGUUCUCCUUCAAGGAGCACGGCAUCGAGCCUGACGAGGUGACGAACGUGACCGAUCGUAUUCUGGGCAAGAUCGGUACCAACCUGCACAAGGAGGACAAACAUCCGCUGAACACGAUCAAGAAGAGGAUCGAGCAGUACUUUGUGAACAAGUACACGACUGAGGACAACAAGCCGCUCUUCAACAUCUACGACUCCUUCAAGCCGGUCGUGUCUGUCAAGCAAAAUUUCGAUGAUCUUCUCUUCCCCGUGGACCACGUCGGUCGCAGCGCCAACGACACUUACUACCUCAACAAAUCGACGCUGUUGCGUACGCACACGUCGGCCCACCAAGCUGAGCUGAUGCGAAGCGGCGAGCGCCAGUUUUUGGUCACCGGCGACGUCUACCGCCGCGACGCCAUCGACAAGACGCACUACCCUGUCUUCCACCAGAUGGAGGGAGUGCGCAUCUUCACGCCCGAGCAGCUCAAAGCGCAGAACAAGACUCCCGAGGAGUUCGUCGCCGCAGACAUGAAGGACGCCCUCGAGGGCAUGAUCAGCGCCGUCUUCGGCAAAGUGCAAGUGCGGUGGGUGGACGCCUACUUCCCCUUCACGCAUCCCUCGUGGGAAAUGGAGAUCUUCUUCGAGAACAAGUGGCUCGAGGUCCUGGGCUGCGGCAUCGUCAACCCGCAAAUCGUCCGCAACUGCGGCAUGCCCAUCAGCGAAGAUGGCGGCUACGGCGCGGAGGGCAAUGUCGGGUGGGCGUUUGGGCUGGGCCUGGAGCGGCUGGCGAUGGUGCUCUUCGACAUCCCCGACAUCCGCCUCUUCUGGUCCCAAGACAGGCGCUUCCUCGACCAAUUCGCCUCCGGCGAGAACGUGAAAUUUCAGUCCUACAGCAAGUUCCCGCCGUGCUAUAAGGACAUCACCUUCUGGGUGCCCGACCACUUCCACGAAAAUGCCUUCUUUGAGCUCGUGGGCCAGGUUGCGGGUGAUCUGGUGGAGUGUGUGGAGGUGGUGGACAAGUUCACACACCCAAAGACCAACCGCACCUCCCUCUGCUUCCGCAUCACCUACAGAUCCAUGGACAGGUCGCUCACCAACGAGGAGAUCAACGAACUUCAAGCGAAGGUGCGCGAUGAGGUGCCGGUCAAGCUGGGCGUAGAGCUACGCUGA